AAUAAAAUUGCGAUUUUUCAUCAUUCGUCAAUUUUACUCGACUAAUAAUCAAUAAUCGAUAUUAUUAUCAUUAUCAUCAUCAUCUUCGUCAUCAACGUCAUCAUAACAUAUCGGUUAUUAAUCGGGACGAAUAAUCAAGAUUGACGGAUUAAUAACUCGCUACGAUUUAAAAGCAAGAUAAAUCAGACGAUAAUGCAUACGAAUUUGUACGAACUCUCGUUUUUACGUGUUAAAUUGAUGAAGCAAUUUCCAGGACAUCGUCGUAUCAGAGGAUAUAUUUCGCGUAGCAUAAGAUUAUUACGAUUAAGGUUAAACUGGUUUCAUCUUGAGAGAAUAGAACGGGGACAAAAAAACGAAACAGCAGCUAUUGAAUAUGUAUAGGAUGUAACGAUUAUACGUGUAUCGUCGGUUCCUUUAUCGUAUGCAAAAACGAGAGUUCUCGGACGUAUCACGCGCAUACUUCCCCUCGUCGUAUCGAAUGUUAAAGUGUCGAUACUCGAUACAGUUGAAUAGCUUUGCAAAGUAGAUAAUUGUGUCAACGGUAAACUGGAAUGAAAAAUCAUGUUCCAGCACAAAAAACUUGAACGUUGACUAUUUCUUUUUCUCCUUAUUCCUUUUCUUCUCCUUUUCCCUCCUCUUUUACCUUCGAUUUGACUUGAUAUUACCGUUUGUUAUCGUACAGUACGUAGGAAUACAUUAUUAUUAUAUUAAACGAUCGAAUAAAAUAUAUAGAAGACAAAAGAAAAUAACGGAAGGAAUAGGGUAUCGACGUUGAGAAGGUACGUAAGAUCGAUACGAUCGUAGAAAAGAUAUUAGGAUAUCGGAGGGCGAAAGCGAGAGGUAGAAAGAAUGGUAGAGAAUGUUGUUACCAACCCGAGCGUGGAAAUAAAACAGGGGAAGAAGGACUUUGGAAGGGUGGGUCACGGAUGGCGCCACGGUAAAAGCAAGCAACCACCUCCGAUAGGAGGGUAGGCGAAGCGAGGUGCGGCGUGGCGAGAGCUGCAAAUCCACCCCCGUAAAGCGAUCCGCCACCAAGGGGUUUGGAAAGUCGCCAUUUCUGCCUAACUCCGCAGUCGCUAUAUUCACGCUUUAAUGCCAAUGAAAUGUCAAGGCACGUCGCGCGUUAUAGACUGGCCGACAUCGUCGAGCUGUUCGGUGACUUCGUAAGCUCGUGCAUCGUCACGUUGUCGCGGGUCCUCGUCGGGGCCUCGUUGAUCGCGCUUCUACUCGGCUUCCUGCUCGUACUCGUGCUUGUGCUCGUGCUCCUGCUCGUGCCUCUGCUCGUCCUCGUCCUCGUCCUCGUCCCCGUUUUCUUCGCACCUGUGCUCAUUGUGAUUUUACGAGUAUCCCCGUGCUCGUGCCCGUGCUCGUGCUCGUGCCCGUGCUCGUGCUCGUGCCCGUCCUCGUCUCCGUGUUCGUGCUCGUGCUCGUGCUCGCUACUCCACCGUCUACUCGACCAACUUCGCCUCUACCGGUCGAGCCUUUGAAUCGAAAUAAACCGAGCGAACGGAACGAGGACGACGAAGAAGGAGAGCUCGUUCAUCCCGUGUCCAUCGCGAAUCCCCGGUAAAAACGUCGAGCCUUCCUCGGUGAUUCCUUGACCUUGACACUGGACGCACACCGACAACAACCGUGUACACGAUCCGUGUAUGAGUCGAGGAGGGAAGCAUUAAGGGAAGCAGGGAGCCACGAGUACGACCGCCCGAAUUCUGGCUGAACAGAGAGAGCCCUUGAUCAAAAUUUUAUAUGCCACGAACGACGGUCAGGUAAAAGAAAUCGUUCGUCGGAGACCGCCGCCGAAUCGGUUCACGAUGAGCGAGCAAGAUGUGGAUGACGUUGCUUUUCUGACAGGAGACAGUAACACAGGAUUGCACAAACGUAGUAUUUACGAGCAUAAUGGAAUUGUGUGUUCUCAAAAAAGGGCUCUCUGCAUAGCUACCGUUGUUUUUGCGAUCCUUUUCGCCAUAUCACUCAUCAUUGCCUUCGCGGGACCACAAAACGACUGCCCUUGCGCUGGAGAGAAGCCAGCCAUCGUGGAUAUCGAGGACGAUGAAAAAAGUAGCGAGCCUCUUGCGACUAAUGGAGAGGUGUUCCCUUGGAAUAACGUGAGAUUGCCUACGUUUGCGCAUCCUACCAGGUACAAUAUCACCAUCCAUCCAAAUCUUACAACGUUAGAGGUAAAAGGACAGGUCACGAUCGAGUUCUACGUCGAUAGAGAGACCAACUAUAUCGUCUUCCAUAGUAAAAAUUUGACAAUAAACGAGAAAAUGAUUCAAGACCGUAAAGGGCACAGAUUAAAAAUUUCGAGAUUGCUGGAAUAUCCGAAACACCAACAAUUAUAUUUAGAACUGGAAGAGAGUAAAUUUCGAAAGAGGGGAAAUUACACGGUACAUUUGAGGUUCAUUUCGAAACUUAGCAGCGAACUGGAGGGAUUUUAUCUUAGCAGCUACGUUACCCCGGAAGGAGAAAAGAGGUACCUCGCAACAACCCAUUUCGAACCUACGUACGCACGCUCGGCAUUUCCAUGCUUCGACGAACCACAAUUUAAAGCUAAAUUUAAGGUUUCGAUAUUCAGAGACAGAUUUCACAUCGCGUUGUGCAACAUGCCUGUAAUGAACACCGAGGACGCGGGAUUUUACAUGGGCACGGGACUCCUCCGCGACGACUUCCAAGAAUCCGUAGAGAUGUCCACGUAUUUGGUGGCGUUCGUGGUGUGCGAUUUCAAGCGAGUCUCGGAAUUAACGAAAAGAAAUAUCUCCGUGAGCGUUUACGCGUCGGAGGCGAUGCUCCCGCAGGCGAGAUACGCGGUGACAACAGCCGCUCGUAUAAUGGAUUACUUCGAGUCUUUUUUCGGGGUACAUUAUCCGCUGCCUAAACAAGAUCUGAUAGCUAUCCCCGAUUUUGGCACCGGGGCGAUGGAAAACUGGGGCCUGAUCACGUAUCGGGAGACGUCGAUACUUUACGACCCGGAAGAGUCGUCGACCAACAUUCACGAAUGGAUCGGUACGAUCGUGGCUCACGAAUUGGCCCAUCAGUGGUUCGGUAAUCUGGUCACUAUGAAAUGGUGGAACGACUUGUGGUUGAACGAGGGGGCGGCCAGUUUCUUCGAGUACAAGGGGGUGAAUCACAUUUCACCCGAGUGGAGCAUGAUGGACAAGUUUAUAUUAGAGAAAACGCAAUCGGCUCUCGAUCUCGACGCGUUGGCCAGCAGUCAUCCUAUAAGCGUCCAGGUCAAAGAUCCGAACGAGAUCGAAGCGAUAUUCGACAAUAUCAGUUACAAUAAGGGUGCUUCCAUUCUAAACAUGCUUGAAGGCUUUUUAUGCGAGGACGUUCUCAAAAGCGGAUUGAACGAUUAUCUGAAUUCGCACGCGUAUGGAAAUGCAGAUACGAACGAUCUUUGGGCGGCCUUUACCAAACAUGCCAAUAAUACUUUUGACGUGAAAGCUAUUAUGGACACGUGGACGCAGCAAAUGGGAUUUCCUCUGAUCACGAUUACGCGUAACGGGAAUACGAUCACAGCGACUCAGAAGAGAUUUCUAAUUUCGCCGAAGGAAAACGAUACGGAAUCGCAACGGACGAAAUCGUCGUUCGACUACAAAUGGUAUAUCCCUUUGAGCUACUACACGGACAAAGAACCGCGCAAACUUCACAACGUGUGGAUGAAUUUAACCGACGUGACGUUCGAGAUACCCAGCGACGUGGAAUAUAUAAAAUGUAACGUGAAUCAAAGUGGAUUUUAUCGCGUAACUUAUCCGGAAGAGAUGUGGGCAUCGAUCAUCACUACCUUGUUGAACGACCACACCAAGUUUAGUCCAGCGGACCGUGCUAAUCUUAUCGACGAUGCGUUCACGUUGUGCGAGGCGGGCGAGUUGAACGCCACCGUUCCUCUUCAAUUGUCCCUUUAUCUCUUGAAGGAAAAGGAUUACGCGCCGUGGACCACGGCGCUCAGAUAUCUGCAUUCUUGGAAAGAAAGAUUGAGCGAAAGUCCUGGAUACAAAAGAUAUAUCUCGUUUUUUAAAAAACUCUUGACUCCAGUUACGAAAUACGUGGGUUGGUCCGACGAGGGGUCUCACUUGAAGAAAUUAUUGAGGAUCGCCGUACUUCAAUCGGCCGUGUCUAUAAAAUUGGAAGAUGUGGUAAAACCAGCCAAAUCCCUUUUCGAUGAUUGGAUGUUGAAAGGUAAACGGAUCGCGCCCAAUAUACGGAAUGUAGUGUACAUUGCAGGAAUCAAGUUUGGCGGUGAAAAGGAGUGGAAUCAUUGUUGGGAAAAUUAUCAAGAGACUCAAGUAUCGAGCGAGAAACUGAUAAUGUUGGAAGCGUUGGGAGCGAGCACAGAUUCUUGGUUGCUGCAACGUUAUCUUUUACGAUCGUUGGACCGUGAUAUGGUGAAAUCGCAAGACAUGGAAACCGUUAUAAUUUCCGUCGCCACCAAUUCCGACGGUCAAUUUCUCGUGUGGCGUCAUCUUAAAGCGUAUUGGCCUCAGAUACACGUUUUACUUGGCAAUGGAUCGUUGAGCGGACUUAUAUCUGUCGUGGUUUCCAACUUUUUCACGGAAUACGACUACCACGAGGUCUCGGAAUUCUUUAAAAAGGUGGAUGUCGGAAGUGGUCAACGAGCAUUGGAACAAAGUCUAGAAACGAUCAAGUUCAAUAUUCAUUGGGUAAAAGAGAAUGCGGAUAUCGUUGAUCGAUGGCUGGUGAAUUAUUUGAACUUGGUUCAGACGAGUUAACCCUUUGUUUACCGGGAAUGGGACAGGAACGAUGCGAGAUCAUCAUCCAUGCGUUUCGUAACGUUAUUUGCGUUUUUCGCGAUACGCAUCGACGCGCGAUACCUUGGCGUGAUACGAUAUCUAAGGAAAAGCAAGGUAUACUUGGUAUCCGUUUGGCCAGAUAAUCGAAUCGUUUAUUUACCAGUUAGUUAGGUAUAUUACACGCAUAAUUCGCAGAUCAACAAAUGUCACCCAUUUCCGUCAUACGCGUCGAAAGAUUAUUUUCGCCGGUUAAAGAUCGAAAUACCAAAGUUUAAUACCGUAUUCGUGGAAAACAAUCUUUCGACCAAUCGAAACGAAGCCGAAUUGUUUACCUAUAGCGUGUAAAACGCAUUAUACACCGAUUUAUACGCACUUUCGAAAGUACUUUAUUUAUUAUACACGCGGUGCGUGAAGAUUGGAUUUAUUAUAGGUAUAUGUAUAAAAGAAAAAGAUUAUAGCGAGAAAAUGCUAGCAACGUUGUUCCUAGGGUAGUCGGUAACCCAACGUUUUCCGGGAAGAAAGGGGCUAACGACCUACGCCUAUUAACGUUGAUACUUUAGUCUCCCAAAAUACGUACGUACUUACUUAUACUUUACAUUACGAGGAGCGACCCGAGUCAUCUCCAUCCAAGUGAUACCCAUCCUGUCUCUCUCUCUCUCUCUCUAUCUCUCUCUCUCUCUCUAUCUCUCUCUCUCUCUCUCUUUCCCUCCCCUCUUCCCGAUCCAUCCAUCCAGUGCAGCGAUUCAACCACGCGAAUGGUAACGAAAUUUCACGAGAAAUGCUAUUUACGUAUUUUAUCGAAUCAAUCGUGUGUUAAAAGAGUAGCCGUAAUACUAUCGGUAAUGUGGAAUAAUAUUUUGGCCUGUGCUAGUGUACGUAUGUAUGUAUGUAUGUGUGUGUGUAUGUAUGUACGUAUGCAUGUAUGUAUGUACGUAAGAUUUUUAUUCGAUUAACAUUUAUCGUGUAGUGCGUUUAAUUACGGAUAAAUUUCGAAUUGAGGGCAAUUUACGUUUUGUCCAAAGUCCGAGAUAUCUAAUUUAAACGAUAUCGCUCGAUUCACGAUAUGGAUAUUUUUAAAAUUUCCAGACGAAACAAAUCGAAAUCGAUCGUCUCGCGAAUCGAGAGAAGACGUGCGUAUCUAGACGAGCGUGUAUCCGACACGUGUAUCACUUAAAUUGUACGAUAUUUCGGUCACAAAAUCAUUCUUCGCGUCUUCGAAUGAUCUUAUCGAUUAUGAAACAAAUAUCCGUUGACUAAUCGUUUAUUACUCAAUUACACGGAAUACAAUUCGUCUACGCGUAUGUAAGUAAGAUAACGUGCCACUUCGUUGCUAGACAUUUGAGAUUUUGUUUGUCCGUAAGAAAUUUAAGAAAUCGUCUCGAUUCGGGCUUCGUCCGUAAUGUGUAACGUACAAGUUACAAAGUUUAUCAAAUAUUUAUUACGCGAUUAUUAUUUUAUCGGUAUAAAGAUUUUUGUAGCGAUAAAUGUCAAUUGUACAGUUACGAAAAAUCAAUUUACAUUAUACGUAAUAUAAUGGACGACGAUCGAAUGAAAAAUCUCCUGCUUGGAGGAAUCUUGGCUUACUCCUCGCGUCGAAAUAGCGUGACGUAUGUUGUAAAUAAAAGAUCAAGGCGGACGACGAACGACGUUAAAUUUCAUUCGGUAAAUGAAACAAAAGAUUGUGGACAACAAUCGGUUAAAUAUAAGUAGCAUAUCAACGUUGAAGAAGAUUUAUAAUCGGCCAAAUCUUUGUCGAGCGGAAAUUCUAGUUUCGUGAAAACGGUAAAUCGACAAAGAAGAUUUAUUUGGCCCCGAAUAAAAAGAACGUAUUACGAGAGAAUUAAAUCCUUCGUAAUGAUAAUUGCGAAAAAUAGAUGUACCAUGUGUCGUGUAUUUGUAUCGUAAGAAACGGAAAGUUGAAUGCGCGGAAUUAUAUAUCUAUGCGCGUGGAGCUGAUCAUUCUCCGUAUGAAGUAGCAUAAUAGAGAAUCGGAUAUUUUAUUAUGAAAAAGUGUAUAAAUUUAUGUAUGUAAUCUUGUGAUGCUUUGUAUGGUAUGUACAUAUUAGCGUAUAAGGGAAUUGUGUGCUCUGUGUGAUCGAGUGUAUCGAAAAAGGUAUUUAGAUGCAUAAAAAAUAUGUUGAAUGCCAAAAAUUUCUGCUGGCCUUUAUAAAGAGGGAGAAAAAAAAGAAAAGAAAAGAAAGAAAAAGAAAGAAAGAAAGAAAAAUAUUCGUGCGAUUUUGGCGUUGGAUUCUUUAAUCUUGAAAUGCUAACAACGAUCUUGAAUUUGCAUCGAUCUAUCGUUAGAUAUAUCCCAGUAUUUCCUACGUUCUUCUAAUUGUUAUCUAUCGACAAUAAACGUUAAACACGAAACGAUGUAAGCAGGGAAAUGUUGGGGGAGGGGGGAAGGGAUUCCGUUUUAUUCCGUUUCAUUUUUAAUAGAAUUAACGACUAUUUAGCAUUUCGAGGUUAAAUCUAAAGCGAAAAAUCUAAAUAAUUAAUUGUACAAUGUUAAAUGUAGGGGGAAUAUUCGAUGAGGUGUCGUAUGUAUGAUAUGUAUAGUACGAGUACAAGUAGAUUACUACGCGAAACAAAUUAUUAGCUCGAUCGAAAAGAAGAAGAAAAAAAAGAAAGAAAGAAAGGAAGAAAGAGAGAACUCGAGACACCUUGUAUACGUUUGGAUUUUAUCGGAGAGAAACUAUUUUCUAUGCGUCUCUUACCUUCCACUGUCCGUAUCCAGUGGUCGAUCGAAUAUUGAAUCGUGCGUGUUCUCAUCGCUCUCGUUAAACAAUCAAGCACUCGUUAUCCAAAAGAGAAAAAUUCACGUUAUAAUUAGUUGUUUCAUCGCUAGAGCACAUAAUGAUAGAACACGAUUGAUCUCUACCCGUAAAAUGUAUCGAAAAAACUGCCGACGAUGCUUGCAAUUCCCCGCGAACAAAAAAUACCAUUUUUUUUCGAGGUUUAUGCCAUUUUUUUACAUAUUUUCGAUCAGAGUACAAUUACUUCGAAUCCCGACGAGUAACGAUAUUUCUUGUGUAAGUAAUAUCGUCGAUUUUUAUCGGAUUAGGAUUCUCCGGCCGGAAUUAUUAUACGCGCAUGUUUACAUUUAGAAGAAGAAGAGAAGAAGAAAAAGAAGAAGAAGAAGAAGAAGAAAAGAUCGAUGAAAAAUAACGGCUGCAUAAAUCGUUGAUCCCUUUAAGUAGAUUUUGAUACACUCCAACGGCGAAUUAAUGAAUCGACGCACAACUAGAUACCUUACAUGUAAAUAGCAUAUUUUUUCACUAACGGAUAUUCUCUCUUGUUAAAGAUUUAACGAACGAAAUCGCCCCAUUGAUAUUUGCGAAAGCGUUCGGUUCGCCGGUUCGCCAUAUUUCGAAGAUUACGAAGGGAGCACGAACCGAUUGGCCUACUUUACAACAUUCGUAUUAUAGCCGAAAGUAUAUCGUUUAAGAAGUAUAACGCAGUUUUAUCGACGCUUUCGUUCAACGACGAAAAUCGCACAGAUCGUCAUGUUCCUUUACAAACAGAUUUACGACUAAUCGUAAGUGUCACACGUCAUGAAAGUCAUGCACGAUUAUUAUGUUUUACCAACUAUUUUCUUUUAACGUUAUUACAAAGGUCUAACAGUAUUAGAAGGAACCCGCUCUUUAUUGUGGUAUUAAACGCAAAAUUAUAUCGAAUAUUAUACGAUCGAGGUAACAACAUAUAUGUAUGUGUACAUAUACACACAUAUAUAUAUAUAUUGUUAUGAAACGAUUUAAAUGAUAAAUCAAAUCUACUAGACGCGGAGAAAAACCGAUGCAAAAGUUCUACCGAAAGACUGGACAUCAGAGUAAUCAAGAAGAGUACAUACUUAUAUGUAUUUUAUGCAAUCAUGACUCGAUAAUGUUAUGUCUUAAGAGAACGAGGCUGUCUUGCAUCUCAUAUUUAUGAAUGAAUUAUUGAUAUAACUAUAUAUUGUAUACCGUUCUCUACUAUACUGUUGUCAUAGAUAUUUUGUUGUAUAAAAGAAUGCGAGAUAUGUACAAGCAUACAAAUGAAUAUAUUAUAUGUUUAAAAUAA